CCACAUUAUCAAUCAAUUUUGUCGAUAAAAAGUGAUAAAAAGCAAAAAAGGUACAACACUAGCGCAAAGUACUUUUACGGUGGGCUGUCGAAAAUACAAGAAAAAAUAAAAAAUUGCGCUAUAAAAUAUGUUUUCACGCGUUGCUUUGCGUUCAGCGUUAGCGCGGCAGUCCGCCAGCCCAGCCCUCGUGGCGCGCACGUCCGCGUCGCAGAGUGGCAUGCGAGAUGAGGUCAACUUCCCCCGGCCGGUGCGAGGCGAGCCUGGCAAAGUCAGACUUGGCUUCAUUCCUGAAGAAUGGUUCCAGUUCUUCCAUUCUAAGACUGGUGUGACAGGACCUUACACUUUUGGCGCUGGCCUUAUCACGUACCUCUUCAGCAAGGAGAUCUACGUCAUGGAGCAUGAGUACUACACUGGUCUCUCCAUCUUCGUCAUGGUCUAUUUCUUCACCAAGAAGGUGGGCCCGCAAAUAGCUGCCUGGCUGGACAAGGAAGUUGAUGCAGUAGAAAACACCUGGAAUGAAGGUCGGAUCCAGACAAUCAAGUCGCUAGAAGAAGCGAUCGAGGGUGAGAAAGAUGCGCAGUGGCGCGCGCAGGGGCAGGAACUCCUGAUUGAGGCCAAGAAGGAGAAUGUGCUGCUCCAACUCGAGGCUGCCUACAGGGAGCGCCUCAUGAAUGCCUACCUGGAGGUCAAACGCCGCUUGGACUACCAGCUGGAAAAGUCCGCGCUGGAGCGCCGCAUAGCCCAGAAGAACAUGGUGGACUGGAUAGUGACCAGCGUGACCAAAGCCAUCACCCCCGACCAGGAGAAGCAGGCCAUGGAUCGCUGCAUCGCCGACCUGGCGGCCCUCGCUGUGACCAGGAAGUGAACCUAGAUACCAGACCUAGACACUAUUUAUUACGUUGUACAAUAUGUUAUUGAAGUAAAAUAAAUCGUCAUAUAGUUCA